CAAAUAACUGCAUUAGCAAUUUGCAAUGCUUGCUUUAAAUCGAGUGCGUUAUGAGGUAUUAUUCAACCUCUCAGCUUCACGCGGGAAUUUCAAAAGGUUUUGUAAUUAGGAGGUUAUGUAAUGAUAUAAAAACUUGUAUGAGAUAUCACUUAACGAGUUUCCUAUUUCCUAUUUUUCAGAAAGGAACGCAGACGUGGCCCUGCUAGAGGAAGAAGAAGACCGAUUGUCGAAACUUGUUAUAAAUGACGAUAACUAACUUUGUACCCGGGCAAUUUAAAUCUUGCGUGGUGAUAAUAGAGACCUUUUCUCCCGCAUCUUCGUGUUCUCCCUUCAUUGGCUGUACCUGUUGUCUUUGAGUGUUACAUUUGGUGUCGGAGGUGUUUCAAAUUCAAUUUCGCCAUGAAAUCCGAUUCUGCUGACCCUCCUGAAGUCAACUCCAACCACAAAGUCAACUCUCCCACUCCAGCCCCAGAACACGUUCAACCGGUGCGAGGUCUUCCGACAUUGGACAUAAAUAGCGACUAUGAAAUGUGGAAAAUCCGCAUGGAGUCUGUCUUAACUGGUCUUCCUGCCCACGCACAACACACUCAGAUUAUGCUGGCAAUGAGUGGCGCCGCCCUUCGCCGUGCUAUCGCUGGGGGCUUUUCUGCGCUCAAGCCCAUCAGCUACAAUUGGCACGUUUUAGAUGAAUGUUUUGCUAAAGCCUCCAGUCCCUCGGUUUACAUGCAUAUCUUUCUCAGCCGCUAUCAAGAGCCCGACGAAACAGCCGUCGAUUACCUACAUCAACUCCGCGAGUUGGCAACGCACGCAUUCCCUACCCUGGCCAACACGAGCCGGGACGAUGCUAUUUGCAACCGUUUCGCACAGGGCGUCUUAUCGCAUGAACUCAAGUGUCAACUUCUACGCCAGCCAGCGAAAUCCAUCUCGGAAGCCAUCGAGGUGGCUGAACGAUUCGAGAGUCUCGAACGCAUUCUAACCCCGACUACCAAUACGCCCUGCUAUGCUCUCGGGAUCGCCGAGCGAAAGACAACCGUUCCAGCACCACGACAACGCCGGUUCAAUGCCCCAUCAACCAACCAAUCUACAAAUCCCUCCAAAGAUCGCAGCGACCGAAGUAAAUGUUAUUACUGUCGUCGGUUUGGCCACCGCGCAUGGAAAUGUGGUCACAAUAAGAAACCACCAGGUGAGCUACCUUAUAAUAUGUCUUUAUUUGAUAAAUGUUCGAAAUCUCCCCUCCUCCUUGAGGGUAAACUGCAAGGCAUAGACGUCACCUUUCUGGUGGACACCGGGGCAUCGUCCUCUGUCGUUCGCAUGGAAUUGGUUCGAAGAUUCGGGGUCAAACCUAAACCCCUCCCCAACCAGCUACAGCUAAUUACUGCUAAUGGGGCCCCUAUCAAGGUAACGGACACUGCCACCCUCUCCAUCUAUCGUAGCGGUACGUCCAACGUUUGCGUUACAUUUUUGCGUGAUUCGUUACAUAAAAUUUAUCUUGUUGUAAUCCUUGCACAAGUACUCUACUACUUCCAUACCUAUAACUAUUAACUCUCAUAUCAAAUAGUUAUGGUUAACCAAAGUAAAAAGCAGCGAACUCAAUCCCCUGUAAAACUGAUGACUAAUUUUAAGUCGUUGAUUGCUACAUCAAGCAACACACUUCCUACAAAUGGUUAUAGUGAGCCACAAAACUCACUUGUAUGUCGUAAGCGUCGAGCUGAAACUGAGGAUAAAACUAUACUGACAGCUAGUAUUAGCACUACUCCCAAAAAUUCAGUACCCUCUGCUCAUACAGAAACCCUCCCUACACCUUAUGUGCUUAUCGAAAAGCUCCAGCCUUCAAGCUCUGUUUCAGUACUAUCUUCAGAAAUAGAACUUCUAAAGUUGUCUAUAGGAGAACUUAAGGCCGAGUUAAGGGACUUAAAAAACAAUAAGUCAGUAGAUCCUGGAAUUUCUGAUACCAAUACCAAAAUAUCCAAUUUAUCAGAUCAGAUCAGUGAUAUCAGAUCGCAGGUCUGUGAACUGGCACCUCUUACUAUCCUCAUGAAAACUGUAGACCUUAACAAACUUGACAAUGAAUCGAUAUCUAAGGUGGAUAACCUAAUUAACUUUGUUACUACAGAAGUAACAAAACGACUCGAUGCUAAACUAAAUGCUAUUGUCUACAACGUUCCGGACAAUGAGGCACUAAAAAGGGUACAGCGCAUCCUACUUAGUGAGGCGAAAAUGCCCAACUCCAAGACUAAGUGCUACAGGCUGAAGAAGAGUCAACAUGAAAAGUGUUGUCCUAUUCGUUUUCAGUUCGAAACACCGGCAGAGGCCAGAAAAUUCAUCCACUCCCAACACACCCUAUCGCAAGUCAGAAAUUACAAACUAAUAAAGGUUGCAGUGGACAAGACAGUCAUAGAAAGGCGCGUAUACAAUCAUCUCACUGAGUCUAAUUGUGGAAUAAACAAUAGGACAUUGCAAGCAGCAAUUAUACCCAACCCUACGGGAGAUACCGUAGAAUCCAACGCACCACCCCUCUCAAACCACACAGAAUUAUCCUCUCAGAGAGAGACACCAACCGCAAGGCUACUAAAUUGUAAUGAAAUAGCCAAUACUAUUGAUCGUGGGAGAUGUGGGCUUAUUUAUACUGCCAUUUUUGUUGUUGGCAUGAUUUGGGGUCAUAUUCUCCUUUUUUUUCACUAAUGGACUUAUGGACAGGAGAGGACAGGGCCGACUUUCGGGGGAUUUUGACUUUUUUUCCGGGAUUAUUUGGUGACAUGUCUAUAUCUACG